AUGCCCAGGGACGACUUCCGCGCGCUGCCCGUGCGCCUGCGGCGCGGCGACGCCUUCUUGCGCUACCUGUACGUCAAGGCGCACAGGGGGGACGGCCAGGUGGCGCCGCGGGACAGGUCGCUGUUCGUGGCCGGCCUGCCGCUGCGACUGGGCGAGCAGGCGGCCCUGCGGGCCCUGUUCUCGGCCUUCGGCGACAUCAGGGACAGCGCCGUCCACCCGUCCAAGAGGACUGCCAUAAUUGUGUUCCAGACUCCUGCCAGCAGAGAUGCCACUCUGGCAGCGGCUGCUUCCGGAAGCGUUGUGGAGUAUAUAAUUCCCAACACAGAGGCGUUGGGGUUGAAAGUGUGGCUGGAUGAAUACAAAGCUGAAAGACCUGGAAACCUUGAGCUCCAAAAGAGAAUCGACAAGUGGAUGAUUGAUUUCGAAGAAGAGGAGAAGCGCAAGAAGAAAGAGAAGGAGGAAAAGUUGAACGAGGAGGGCUGGACUACUGUCCAUAGGAAGAAGAGUGGAAAGCGAACACGAGGUGGUGACAUUGCUGUGCAGCCAAUCUCGCGUGCUGAGGCACAGAGGAUGAAGCAAAAGGCAAAGCUGAAGACUGACCAGAGCUUCUACAAGUUUCACUCAAAAGAAAAGAAGCAACAAGAAAUCCUCCACCUGCAAUCCAAGUUUGAAGACGACCUCAAGCGUGUUGCAGAAAUGAGGAGGAAGCGCAAUUUCAAACCCGGCUAG